CGCCCGCGCCCCGCCCGCCCGGCCGGCCCGGGAGCCGCGCGCCCACUGACCCCGCGGCGGGGAGGCGGCGGCGCAGGAAGCCGAGCAGGAAGCGAGCCCGGCGGCCGCGCUUUCCUGGGGAAGCGGCAGCCAGCGGGACCCGGGGAGCCGCCUCCAUGGGGUGUUGAAGAAUCUCCAUUAGUGCAUUUGGAAGACUGAAUGGAUUAAACAUGAAGAGCUUGAAAGCGAAGUUCAGGAAGAGUGAUACGAAUGAGUGGAACAAGAAUGAUGACCGGCUGCUGCAGGCCGUGGAGCAUGGAGAUGCGGAGAAGGUGGCGUCGCUGUUGGGGAAGAAGGGGGCCAGCGCCACCAAGCACGACAGCGAGGGAAAGACCGCAUUUCAUCUUGCGGCUGCCAAAGGACAUGUGGAAUGCCUUCGGGUCAUGAUCACACAUGGCGUGGAUGUGGCAGCUCAGGACUCUGCAGGACACAGUGCUUUGCACCUCGCAGCCAAGAACAGCCACCACGAAUGCGUCAAGAAGCUCCUUCAGUCAAAAUGUCCAGCUGAAAGUACUGACAACUCUGGGAAAACAGCUUUACAUUAUGCAGCUGUGCAGGGCUGCCUGCAAGCAGUGCAGGUUCUCUGUGAGCACAAAAGCCCCAUCAACCUCAAGGACUUGGAUGGAAAUAUACCAUUGCUUCUUGCAGUACAGAAUGGCCACAGUGAGGUCUGUCGGUUUCUCCUGGAUCACGGAGCAGAUGUCAAUUCCAGGGAUAAGAAUGGAAGAACCGCCCUUAUGCUGGCUUGUGAAAUCGGCAACUCUAACAUUGUGGACGCCUUAAUUAAGAAGGGUGCAGACCUCACCCUGACAGACUCUCUCGGACACAAUGCCUUACAUUAUUCCAGACUCUCAGAGAAUGCAGGAAUUCAAAGCCUUCUAUUAUCAAAAAUCUCUCAGGAUGCUGAUUUAAAGACACCAACCAAACCAAAGCAGCAUGACCAAGUCUGUAAAAUAAACUCAGAAAGAAGUGGAACUCCAAAAAAACGCAGAGCUCCACCACCUCCUAUCAGUCCUACCCAGCUAAGUGAUGUGUCUUCCCCCAGAUCAAUUACUUCUACACCACUGUCAGGAAAGGAAUCAGUAUUUUUUACUGAACCACCUUUCAAGGCUGAGAUCAGUUCGAUACGGGAGAACAAAGACAGACUGAGUGACAGCACCACAGGUGCUGAUAGCUUAUUGGAUAUAAGUUCUGAAGCUGACCAGCAAGAUCUUCUUGUCCGGUUGCAAGCAAAAGUUGUUUCUCUGACCUUACACAAUAAAGAGUUACAAGAUAAAUUGCAAGCCAAAGCACCCAAGGAGUCAGAAACAGAUCAGAGCUUCGACUCCUUCCAUUCCACUCAAACUGAGUUGGCCCCAUCCCUGGGCAAAGCUCAGGAAACAUCUCCCCCUGACUCCAAAUCAUCUCAGUCUGUCUUAGCACCUUCCUCGAGUAAAUCCUCCAUUGAUGGUGAUGUCAGAAUUCAGCAGCUCCAAGAGACUCUGCAAGACUUGCAGAAGAGACUGGAGUGCUCCGAAACAGAGAGAAAACAGCUCCAGGCUGAGCUCCAGUCCCAAAGGACAGAGCCCAGUGGCUUACCCAAUGCGCAGAUUUCAGAAAACGGUUCCGACCUCAACCAGAAACUCCAAGAAAAUCAGAACAAGUACGAGGAGGCCAUGAAAGAAGUCCUGAGCGUGCAGAAGCAGAUGAAGCUGGGCCUCAUCUCAGCUGAGAGUGUGGACAGUUAUUCCCACCUCCGUGAUCUCAGGAUCACUGAGGAGGAAAUAGAUGGAUUGAAGCAGGAUCUCCAGAACGCACGAGAAGAAAGUGAAAGAAAUAAAGAGAAAGUGAGAGAGUUGGAGGAGAGGCUGGGAGAGCGGGAGCAGGGGGUAGACACCAGGCCACCGGUGGAAGAUUACGAGGAAAUGAAAAGUUCCUACUGCUCUGUGAUUGAAAAUAUGAAUAAGGAGAAAGCAUAUCUGUUCGAGAAAUACCAAGAGGCCCAAGAAGAAAUUACGAAGUUGAAAGAGACGCUCAAAAGUCAGGGGUCGCAGGAGGCCGGGGAUGAGACUGGGGACAUGAAGGAGGCCAUGAACAGAAUGAUUGAUGAACUCAACAAGCAGGUGAGCGAGCUGUCGCAACUGUACAAGGAGGCCCAAGCUGAGCUGGAGGAUUACCGGAAGAGGAAAUCCUUAGAGGAUGUGACUGCAGAGUACAUCCACAAAGCCGAGCAUGAGAACCUGAUGCAGAUGACGAACAUCUCCCGGGCACAGGCCGAGGAGGCCCUGGAUGAAAUGAAGUCCCAGUAUUCCAAAGUGUUAAACGAGCUCACCCAGCUCAAACAGCUGGUGGAUGCCCAGAAAGAGAACUCAGUCUCCAUCACAGAGCACUUACAAGUGAUCACCUCGCUGCGGACGACAGCCAAGGAGAUGGAAGGAAAAAUGAGUGGUCUCAAGGAGCACCUUGCCAGCAAGGAGGCGGAAGUGGCCAAGCUGGAGAAGCAGCUCCUGGAGGAGAAGGCGGCCAUGACCGAGGCAAUGGUGCCGCGGGCUACCUACGAGAAGCUCCAGGCAUCUCUGGAAAGUGAAGUGAGGGUCUUAGCCUCGAAACUGAAGGAUUCAGUGAAAGAGAAGGAAAAGACCCAGUCAGAGGUGUCCCAGGCUAGAAGCGAGGUCUCCCAGCUGAAAAGGGAAAAGGACAGUGUCCAGACCCUCUUGAAGUCCAAAGAGCAGGAGGCACAGGAACUUCUGCAAAAAUUCCAGCACACUCAGGAAGAACUUGCGGAGCUGAAGAGGCAUUCAGAGAGCUCUUCCAAGCUGGAGGAGGAUAAAGACAAGAAGAUCAACGAGAUGUCGAAGGAAGUCACCAAAUUGAAGGAGGCCCUGAACAGCCUAUCACAGCUGUCCUACUCAGCCAGCUCAUCCAAGAGGCAGAGCCAGCAGCUGGAUGCACUGCAGCAGCAGGUCAAGCAGCUCCAGAACCAGCUGGCGGAAUGCAAGAAACAGCACCAAGAGGUCAUAUCCGUUUACAGAAUGCAUCUUCUGUAUGCUGUGCAGGGCCAGAUGGAUGAAGACGUCCAGAAAGUCCUGAAGCAGAUCCUCACCAUGUGUAAACAUCAAUCUCAGAAGAAGUAAAAUGUAUGUCCUAGCAGGACACUGCCCCCUUGUUGUCCAUCUCUGUGUUCGAUCCGAACCCACUGGCCAGCACUGGCCCCUGUUCUCACGUUCUCAGUGACCUAGCCUAGCUUCUUCCUUUUCCAAAAGCUUCCUUCUCGGUCCCAGGAAAAGACUGACCUGGGAACUGCAGAGGAAUUGCCAAGCGGCUGAGGUGAGGGGCCCUCAGCCCAUCUGGUUUUUGAAAUUCCCAGGCCACUGACACUAGCUGGUGGACUUCCUCUUUAGUACCCCGGCAGUUGCCGAGCUAUGUGUGGGUGUGGGGACCUUCACAAGGUUGAGGGCUGCCUCAGUUCCUCUCCCUGGUCUGUGCUGCUCAGAGUGGCGCACUUGUUUUGCCCCAUGAUUUCCAGUCCCACACCCUGGUUUCUUGUCUCCCCAGAUUAAGGUGGCACUAGUUUCUACAGUGCAUGCUUAAGACCUGAUGCGAGCCUGUGGAUUUGAAACUCAGAUUCCGUCUUCUGUCCCCAUCUGCCUUAUCUCUCUCAGCUACCCGCUUGUCAACCGCACAGUUGGAUGAGCACCAGUCCACUAAGCUACGAACCUUCCAAACAAAAGCCAGUUUUCUUUUUAAAAUUCUUUUUGAAGUAAAUUGUUGACAUAUUGCAGAGCAUCUAUGCACAAUUGCCUCCUGCUGUUCUCUGUAAAACUCAGGAAAUCUGAACGUUUUUGUUUCAACAAGGGACAGUAAACUGCGUGUUUACAGCCAAAAGAAAUGCCUCAGCAUUCUUAACCUCAGUUUUUUAAGUGUUUUUAUUUUUCCCCUCUACAAUGUUUUUAUUGGCUCUUAAAGAUGUUUUCCUAUCUAUAUCCCUAAGUAAGUGAAAUUUACUGUAGACUAUAUUAACAAGAUAUUUUUUAGGUAACCAUGCUUAAGAUUUUCUCAGAAUAUAAGUUUUUCCUCCCAAGUUUUUGGCUAUAGCGAAAGGUAGUUAAGUAUCCCAGAUUCUACGCCAGUUGCUGCCAAUAGCCCCCAACUUCCUGCAGUUGGCUUUGUCUGUCCUAAGAAUGUCGUCUGUGUAUUAAUAUCGCCAAUGGCUUUUUACCCUUUGGAUAUUUCUGAAUGCCCUAGCUCUAGGGUGCCCAUACGUGAUUUCCGGAAGGACUAGAGGACCAAACAAGUUUUUCACCUUUGAAACUUCCGAUCCUGGUAGAGACAACCCGGAUGGCGCCAGGCAACGAUCUUGGCAGAAACUAUUCUGUUUGCUUUACUUUCAGGUUAAAAAUGUUUCAAACAUGCUUGCAGCUUCCCUGAUGGCGUUGAUCCUAUUAACAGAUGUAAACCGAGUACACAAAUUGCUGGCAGGUUGCUAACUAGAAGUGGGGUCGUGCUCUUAGAAGCCAGGUGCUGCAGGAUUGCCUGGUGCCGACGACACUCAGCUGUACUUGAGAGUGUGUUAAUCUCUUAUUAGAUGACCACCAAUAGACAGCCAGCCAGGCAAAAAGUGGCUUUCAAGCUCAGUGUGACUGUUUUUUUUAAGUCGUUUAUAAGUUAACCAAGUUCACAAAUGCUCCAAAGAAAUGUGAAAAGACUUUUUUGUCACCGCAUUUAAAACACAAAACACCACCCCCUUCCUUCUGGCCCUAUCCGGCAGAGAAAUGCUGCAGAGUAUAAAACUUGAGACAUUUUCUAGGAUGCCUGACAAAGUGUAGCCUUUUAUCUUGUUUUCAGGAUGCAUAUUUAUUACGAGUACCCUGAUUAAAUAUUAAAAAGUUAUAUAUUAGUUAGUGGUUUUCCUUUGUAAUUUACACAGGGCGUCGCAGAAA